GGACAUAUUCAAGAUGAUAGCACCGUAUUUUGGCAGGAAAAAAACAGAUACCAUCCAUCAGAAGAGGCUAACUGUGAAAUUUAAUACAGUACUUUUAAAAUCAGCUGUUAGCCUUGUUGUUAAAGCAGCACUCUUUAUGUCUUGGAUUUAGUUCAAUCAAAAUAACGACGUAUCAAGAGCCAUUAAAGAUCUCUGUUUUGAAGGAAUAUGUUUUCAUUUCAUCUGAAAGAUCUGAGUUUGGUCGGGAUGAAACCAAGCCUUGUCAGUGAAAAGUGAUGUGUCUAUGAAAAGAAUUACUUGGAACUACAGUACACAGAGUAAUUCAGAUGUGAAUUGAACUCCCUUCCCCCUUUUUGAAGAGCUUUAAAAGGCAGAGUGAAAUGAAGUCAUUUGUCUGCUGGCUUCAUUAACUGAGACUCUGCUAUUCUUUGUUGUGUGUAUAAUAACAUUUCAUGCUAUCCUUAGAGUUGACAGUUAAAACAGUUGAUAACAAUCAUAAAUACUUUGAACUGCAGACCUAAUUUCUGACCACAAAAGAAGUUUAUUCUUCUCUAUUUUAAUGCAUAUAUUUUAACACUGCUUAAAUAUAUUUAUGACUUUAGUAGAGACUAGACUUUUCUCUUUAAGAUUUUUUUUUCAGAUAGGUAAAUCUGUAUUCUGAAGUUUGGAACCACUUUCUGAUACUUUAACCUUUCAUUGUUUGCUUUUCCACAGGUUUACUUUGGGGAAACAGUAAUCUGUUAAAUAUCUAGUAUCAGCACCCUGUCCUCUGCUGUAAAAAGCCUGAUUAGAUACUGUGUAUGUUUUUAUGUCCAUGAACUUGAGCUACUCGUGUGCAAUUAUGUGUAUGGGAAUGGAGUAGUGUUCAUGAUCUGUAUUUACAUCAUCAUAUGGAUGUAUAUUUAUUAAUAAAGUUAAUACUUUAAAACCUAAUGAUUAUUUUGUAUGUGCUUUUUGUUUUAAUAUAUAUUAAAUUCUGGCUUAAGAUUCUUACUGCCAGCAUGUCAGACCAAUAACUUUAACCUGCCUCUGCUGUAAACAGGAAUUGUUUGUUCUCCCAGUGUCUCUGUUGUAGGUAAGUGUAAAACGUUGUGGUGCAACUUGUACAGAUGUUGCUUAAAAUCAGGUGAUUGGUUUUGUUCUUUGUCUCCCUGAAGUGCAGGUGAAUCUGACUACAACAGACUGUGUUCAUGUUCGUGUGGACUUAAAAACACACAAAGCAUUUGUGUGAGAGUUGGAGGGCAUUCAUAAAUUACACAAUUCAGACUUUUUAGCAGCCUUGGAGGUUGCUUUGCUGCUCACGUUUAUCACAGGUUACAAUUUAUUCAUAUGGACAGACUAGCAGUGUUUGCCAGCUAUGCAGGUUGGACCUUAAAGGAAGCUUUAUGGUGGUUUUAUCUUCCUGAUAAUGCCGUUCAUGUGUCUGAUUCAACACCAGGGUGUGCUUUGGAGCUGGACUGGCAUCCUAAUGCUCUCGUGUAGUAACUGUCUCAAUGGGAUCUCUUCCAGUAGCACAAACAAUACAGUGUGAAUUAGCAAUAUCAUACCUAUUCAGUAUGAUGGCUCAACAAAGUGUCUUUUUGGACCAAGAGAAAUGAAAAUUGUCCUUAACAGUUAAUCAUGUAAUUCCUAAACAUAAGGGGCUGCCUUGCUGACUUGCACUGUGCGCUGUUCUUACAGGGUUCUGCCUGGGGCUCUGUGUAUUGCUUAACAUGUAGGGGAGAGGUGUGGCCUGACCAUACAGGAUUGGCAGCCCAAAACUACAGUGCUCUGCAGCUGGCUUGCUCCCAGGUUCCCCGCAUGGCCUAAGGAUGGCAAUGGCUCACUUCUUCCCACCAGUGAAAACGUGGCAAAAAUAUCUGCUUAUCUUGCAGGGUUCCUGGAAGGAGUCAUUAGCGAACAACUUUUAUCUACUUUGAAGCUGCAAGAUGUGUGGAGUUGUCAGGUGAUAUUUAAAUGAUCUGAGGCAGAUAAAUCAUCCUGCUUUUCAUGUUGUGUUCUUCAUACCACAAAAACUUGUUUCCAAUUAGUGAGAAAAUAUCACAGUAGCAAUUAGUGUGAGUUUGAUUAUUCAGAGUAGGCUUCUGAGAUACGCAUGAUACUAAAAAGUUCUUUGCUGAUCAUCUUUGUCAAUAUUCAGCUCUGGCCAUCUUGAGAGAACAGAAUGCAAAGUCACACCUCCCAUAUUUAGUGUGAGGUAGAACUGCCUGUGUGACCUCAGUCUCUGUUGUGACUUCAAUGCUUAUUUUGUUUUCUUCUCACAGCGCUGUUGAAUACACAGAAAAUCAGCCGUGUGAGGAUUUAUGAGUGAAUGGAAACGUGAAGACCUUGGCGUUGUCCCUGUGCCACUCUGUUGUCUUUCACUCCUUACAUUGCCAGGGAAGGAGCUUGCCCACUGUGACCGAAAGCUGCAGCUCUGAAGUCCAUGGUGCACAAAUGGCUGCCGUUUUAGUGUUCAUCCAUGGGUGCAGCACAACACUCAUAUUACACAGGUCCUCCUCUUUCCAACAGACAGCUUUUCUAACGUAUCGUUGAUUUUUGAAUAGAUGGUCAACUGUGUGGAGCCGGGACUUGGACUCGGUACUCCUUAUGGGUCAUCAACUCAGCAGAUCCAUCACUCUGGUGUUGGUGGGGUGGUGGUGGUGUUUUUUUACCUAGAUGUUUUUCCUAAAAGCAUUUGGCAUUUGAAGGCAGGAAAACGUGAGCCACUGAACAGCUGUGGAGGAAAAAAGGCAGGUUUGAAGUUCAGAAUACCAGCUCUGGCUGCAGUUGGGAAUGGAGGGCGCGUUUUCCCCACAGCCUCUUGGAUUCCGUGUGUGUGUUUCGUGCUCGCUUGUUUUCUUCUACCAACUGGACUGCUGUGUUCUCUAUGCAAACUUAACUCGUGUUUUAUAUCUUUAGGUCACUGCACCUUCAGUAUUAAUUCUCGUGCAAAUUAUACUCGGCAGUGACUGGGCUCGGUGGUGAUUUUUAACGGAUUCAUUUCUCAGUGCCCUGCAGUGGUAUCUGAGCUCCAGCAGCAGCCCCUGAGGCGUCCUCUGCCCGUUCCGCAGCGCGCACACACGCUGCGACCAAACCGCGUCACACCCCGCCUGAGAACGCGAAGAUGGCGGCGCGCCGCCCUCCGUUCCCAACGUAUGCACGCACGGCACCGGAAGCGGAAGCGCCUGAGAAGUUCCGGCGGAAGUGGCCGUUGUCCGGGGAGACGCAGCGCUGUGGUGGGAAUGUGGUGGCUGCUGCUGCUUCUGGCCGGGCUCGGCCGGGCCCUCCCGGAGGGGGUGGUAACGGAGACGGGCGCCGGCAGUUCCGCACCGAUCAGCGGCGAAGCGGUGCGGUACCGGACGGCGGAGAUGGCUGACGCGAUGCUGGGCAGCGGACCGCCGGGCCAGCCGCCCGUGGUGCUCUCGGCGGUGCCGGGAGAGGCGAAAGAAGGGCGGGCGGCGGCGGCUUGCGAGGCGGCGGCCGGCGGAGAGGAGUGCGGCGCUGGGAGCGGGCCCGCGGCUCCUCCCGCCCCGCCCGGAGAGGCCGUCGUGCUGGAGACCGUGCUGCCCGCGGGCGAGGAGCCCAACGGCACUGCCGAGAGCGUGAAGGCACCCAAGGUGAGCUGCGAGGAGAGGAACGUUACUGGUAUCAGCAACUUCACGCUGCAGAUCCUGAACGUGUCCCAGGAUCUGAUGGAGUUCUUAAACCCAAACAGCAGUGACUGUACGUUGGUCCUAUUCUAUACGCCGUGGUGCCGCUUUUCCGUAAGCCUGGCACCUCAUUUCAAUUCUUUGCCUCGAGCGUUUCCCACUCUUCGCUUCCUGGCACUGGAUGCAUCACAACAUAGCAGCUUAUCAACUCGGUUUGGAACUGUAGCUGUACCCAAUAUCCUCCUUUUCCAAGGUGCUAAACCUAUGGCUAGAUUUAAUCAUACAGACAGAACACUGGAAACACUGAAAGACUUCAUUUUUAAUCAAACAGGUAUAGAAGCUAACAAUGAUGUGACUGUGACAGAGGAAGACUGGAAGGGGCCUCUGCCCAGCGUUCUGACAAAAGGAGUAGACUGGCUGCUCGUGUUUUCCGUGCUCUUUCUGGCCAGCUUUAUCAUGUAUGCUACCAUUCGGACUGAGAGCAUUCGGUGGCUGAUCCCAGGGCAGGAGCAUGAACACCAAGAGUGACUCAGGGUGCUGAAGCAGGGGCACCAUUUCCUGUGUGUAAAGCAGGUUUUGUGUGGAGUGGAAGUACUUAACAAUGAACUGUUGAAUUUGUUGGUUGUAAUUUAUAAUGUUGGCAGAAAAUCAGCUUUAUUUACCAACUACUGUGUUUUUAUAAAGUGAACUGAGGUAAAUAGAGUGGUGAGUGAACUAAUAUGGAGAAACAUGAACUAAGUAUUUAUUAAAGUGCUCUGACCUGUUUAUUUUUCAUGGA